AUGGCCGCCAUGGACGACGGUUGCACCCAUUGCCAGCCAGCUGGCACGCCAUCCGACGCCCCCUCCACCAGCCCCCACACCCCGCUGGACUCACUGCCGGAUGACCCGGGCCCACGCGCCCGCCACCACCUCACCAUUGGGGGCCAUCGCCGGCCCGACGCGCCCUUGUGUCGCAUCUGCCAAACCCUCGACGGCCUCCUGAGCACGCUGACCCGGGCUUGGCACAUCCGUUCAGCGUGCCCCACCCCGCCGGCUGGCCCCUCGGGACCGGGCUGCCGUCUGUGUUUCGCACCCGGAGCGUUGCCAGCCCCGUCUCAGACCACUGCCGCCGCCGGUCUGUGCGCCCCGUGCCAAUUGCGGCUGACUACGGCUCAAGCCGUGGCGGCGGAUUGGCGGCCGCCCCUCACCCAGACCCGACUGAGUCAAUGUCGGGUCUGGGUGUUCAACGCCCAUCCCGGAGACGGAGCCCAAACGCGGCCCAAUCCAUUCACCGAAUCCUCGCCCUCGUCCGCGCCGCCCUUCACGGGUUCAUUGCCCCCGGCGUGGCGGCUGUGGCUGUUGGCCGGUCAGUAUGAAGCCCUGCUGAAUCCGGCCGAACGACGGGCUUGGGGAUCGGCCCGGCCGCCCGUGGGCUUCAAAUUGCGCCGACGCCGGGCCGGGAGAUGGGAUAUUAUGACGUGUGGUGCUUGGGCUCGGGAUCAACGUCAGCCGAUGCCUGAUCCGGAUCCUCUGACCGUCACGUGCUUGGUGUGCGCUAAAACCUGGCCCAGUUUACAAAGUGGGAUUGAUCACGCCCUGGACCAUGAUGGCGAAGCCAGACAACAUCCCAAACCACGCCCGCCGUCCGCCUCCACUUCUGGCGUCAAAGCCGUGGUUGAGAUUGAAAGUGAUGGGCAGUCGUGCGGAAUUUGCGGCCAAGUGUUUUUCAAAUCGUCCCAACUCCAGAACCAUCUGCGAGCCCAUCGGGGUGAAAAGCCCUUUCAAUGUGAUUUGUGUCACAAGGGCUUCACCCGGAAAGCUUACUAUUUAGAGCAUCGAGCGCGUCAUGAUGGCGUGAAAGACAAGGAAUGUCACAUCUGUCAGAAAAAGUUCUAUGCCACGUCAUUCUACCGCCAUAUGGCCACGGUUCAUCCGGAAUCGGAGAAGCUCCAACACGCGUGUUCAACGUGUGGCAAACACUUUCCCUUGAAAUAUAAAUUGCAAAUCCACGAGAAAACCCAUAUCGCUUAUGAGCAGCGGGCGUUUGCUUGCGAAAACUGCCCUGAAAAGCGAUUUUCAACCCAAAGCCAUCUCAAUAGCCACAUAAAUCAAGUCCAUGGGCUCAAGGGCCUUUCCCGUCCUUUUCCUUGCCCAGACUGUGGCCAGAGUUUCAACGCCCCGUCCGGCUUACAAGCCCAUAGAUGGUUCAUCCCCCAAGUGCUCCGAACCCCGAGACUUUUGGAUCCCAUGUUCCGGGUGGAAGUCAUAUAG